CCCUUAUGAUGAGAGCGUGCACGGGAGGGUCAAAGGCACGAUCCCGCUCAUGGCGGUCAUCCAACCGAAGAAGGACAAAGUGCGUCCCGUCAUGGAUUUCAGGGAGUUAAAUACGCACCUGGACCCGCAUACAGCUGACGCGGAUGUUUGCAGUGAAAAAAUCCGUGAGUGGCGUCGGUGUGGACGAAACGUGUCUCUCCUAGAUCUGCGAGACGCCUACCUGCAGAUCCACGUGCACGCAUCGCUGUGGCCGUAUCAGACUGUAGUGUUCCAGGGCAGACGGUGGUGUCUGAGCAGACUUGGCUUUGGGCUCAGUCUCGCACCGAUGGUGAUGAGAAAGGUGCUGGAAAUGGCCCUGAAACGUGACCCGAGGGUGCACACCGCUACAUCACCUUACGUGGACGACAUACUCGUAAAUGAAAACAUCGCUACUGCAUUGGAGGUGAAGGGUCAUCUGGAGGCGCUCGGUCUGACCUGCAAAUCCCCGGAGAAGGUGUCAGAAGGUGCUCGUGUCCUGGGCAUUCGAGUCUGGGGGGAGCGGCAAGGACUGUUCUGGAAGCGGGACAACCAGGAUCUACAGCCGCCGCCAAAGCUGACGUGGAGAGUGAGGAAAAGUGCGAAGAGAGUGAGUGUGCUAUGUUCAGUGUAGGCGAUAAGGUAUGGAUCAGAGACCCUAGUCGCCGGUGUGAUGUGCCAAGUUCCAUAGGAACAGUCACCCGACAAGUGUCGGCGCAGUGUGUGGAAGUAGACAAUGUCCCCCGUCACGUGAGAGAUCUGAGACUGGCUUUCGUUCCCAGUCCGGAGAGUGGCCAGACUGAGCCGCCGAACAAUGACAAUGACGACUCUGGCCCAAUUAUCUUGCGAGAGUGUGCGCACGAAAGCCACGGGGAAAAUGUGCCCCCUGUGACGUACGCUGAAGUUCUACGCCGCGGCAUGCGGGAGAGACGCCCUGCCGUUCUGACCCAGUACGAUGAUUUGUAGAUCAGGGGGGAGUGUAUUAGAAUCUUGUGGCCGCAGUCGUGCCACUGCGGCGCCGCCGCCGCCCCGUCCAGGCUCGGGAUGAGUUAUAUGGC